AUGUCAUAUGGUCACAUUGUCGAUGUAUUUCCAAGUUGGUUAUGGACUAUCUUUGGUGACACUCCUACUAUAGAUCUAUCCUACAAUCAACUUAAAGGGAUAAUAAGGAGUUCAGAGGUUGUAUCACUCAGUGGAGUUGAAGUUCGAUUUAGUUCGAACCAACUACAAGGUCCAAUACCCUCAUUUCUAUCAAAUGCCUCGUAUGUGGAUCUCUCUGAUAAUAAAUUAUCAGAUAUGAGUUCUUUCGUGUGUUCUUCGAAUUUUAAAAUUUCAAAGUUUCUUGAUCUCUCCAAAAACCGUAUUUCGGGAGAAGUUCCAGAUUGCUGGAGACAAUGGGUUGAUCUAGAACUUCUUGAUUUGAGUGACAAUUCUUUUUCUGGCAAAGUCCCACCCACUUUAGGAUGUUUACUUCGAAUCAAUACAUUGAAAUUAAGGAGCAACAAACUUGUGGGAGAAUUGCCUACAUCCUUGAAGAAUUGUAGAAGCUUGAAUGUUAUUGAUCUUGGGAACAAUCAGCUUUCAAGUGCAGUGCCUCAAUGGCUAGGGACCGAUCUUCCAAAUUUGGUUAUUCUUAUGCUUCAGUUUAAUCAAUUUAGUGGAAAUUUGCCUUUGCAAUUAUGCAAGCUAGCACACCUUCAAAUUUUGGAUGUCUCUGUGAAUCAAAUCUCUGGAACUAUACCACAAUGCCAUAACAGUUUGAGUUCUUUGGCGCAAGAGGGAAAUUCAAAUCUAACCAUUAGACAUUCUUUUAAUAUAUCUGAGGCCGAAGCACCUACGAAUAUGAUGAAUUCUCUUUAUUAUGAGGAUGAUGCAACAUUCAUGUGGAAAGGAACGUUGGUUUCAUACAAAAGUACUCUGGGACUAGUCAAGAGAAUUGAUCUCUCAAGCAACAGAUUAACUGGGGGGAUUCCAAGUGAAAUCACUAGUCUUGUUGGCCUGGUUUCUUUGAACCUUUCGAGGAACAGUUUAACUGGAGAAAUUCCUCUGGAGAUCGGGAAGUUGAAGUCGCUAGAUUCACUUGAUUUGUCAAGAAACAAGUUACAUGGUGGAAUUCCGAUGAGCCUUGCUCAUAUUGAUAGAAUUGGGUACAUUGAUUUGUCAUAUAACAACUUGUCUGGUGAAAUUCCAACCGGCACUCAGCUUCAAGGCUUCAAUGCCUCCUCUUAUACUGGAAAUCCCUGGUUGUGUGGACUUCCACUUGAUGUCUGUAAUCCAGGGGAAACUGGUCGGCCUAAAGUCUCGAGUGGUGAAGAAGAUGCAGAUGAGCUCAUCACACAUGGCUUUUACAUCAGUUUGGGACUUGGAUUUGUUGUUGGAUUCUGGGGAGUUUGUGGGAGUUUGAUAUUCAAGAGGUCGUGGAGAUAUGCAUACUACAACUUAUUGAAUAAUCUGAAUGAUUGGCUUUAUGUGAAGGUAGCUUUGAUCAUACGGCAAUUAAAGGAUAUGCUUAAUAGACAACAAUCUUAA